AUGAGGCGCUAUGCCUCUGCUCAUGGUCUCCUGGAGAGUGUGUACGAUCCGCAGCACAGCCGGGUAACACCGAAUCAGCUGAAGGCUCUUCUCACGGGCUCAUCAUCGAUUUCACGACAUCCGGCCGAACAAGUCGACAGUGCGCCAUCCGUACAAACUCUAGCUCCAAUGGGAACGGCUCAAGCAUUCAACGGUGUGCCGCCGUCCGGCAUGGGACCGAAUCUGCCUCUAUCCCUUCAGAUCGGAGACUACAAAGUUUGGGACUACUUAGUUGAGGUGAUGUCGAGAGGUUGGAUAGAUGCUGGCACGUUUCGCCUAUCACCAGCCUAUUCGUUGUACUUGGCACUGCGAUUCUUCCAAUCGCACUCGAAGCCCUAUCUGGUCCAGUUCUUCACCCGCAUUGCUCAUCACAUGAAUCAAAUCUCACAGGAUUGCACAUCCAGAGAGGAGCUAUUAUUCUGGUUGGCAAAUGCAAGCGAGUUGUCGUUUUUGGUUGAACGGGAUCCAGACCUACGCACACCCAGAGCAGGCCAACUUGGGACGGUUGUUGAAACAGUGUUUCGACGGUUAUGUACUGUUCUCCUUGGAGCGCUUCGACCCGCCUGUAAACCAAUGUUGGACAUAAACAUUCCAAUCGAGGAUGGCAGCAGUAAAUGGGCCGAACAAAUGGGUGUCGAGUUGGCGGCCGAAUGUCAUCUGGACCGAAGUCGGCAAGCGGCUGCUCUUUUAGCUGCCAGAAAACGACGUCGCAGCACUUGGGGCCACCUGUUACAAAUUGAACAGCUUGCAGAGCAACUUCGAGGUGUUCCGGAUGGACUUGUCCAGUACUUGCUAUCACUACAGGACAAGGGUUUGUGCCAUUCGGUGUCUGUUCAAGAAUCGAGUUUGGCCACAUGGCGUGCGUCGCCGUUGGUGAAUAGCACGAACGUUCAGCAACGACCACCUGUUCAAACUGCCCCAGGGCCUUCACCACAGUUGCCACUGAAAUCGGCAGUUCAACGAACUCCAUCGCAAUCGACACUGACCAGUCUUCCAACGACGCACUUUGGUGAUAGCUUCGGUAGCAUGAACGACGAGGUGAUUCGAGUAGUGUUGAAACGAGGUACAGGUGGAAUUGGACUCAGUAUUGUGGCUGCUCAG